AUGGGAGGAUCUAAAUCUAAAUCUAUAAAGAAACACGCAAAUGUGGCAUUCACAGAUUAUGAACUCGAAGUCUUCGAAGUCUACUUCGAAUUAUUGAAAUGCCAUGAUUCUAUAAACGGAUUUCUUACGUAGAAAUCAAUGCUCCCAGAAUUCCCUGAGAAUCCAGACUUCUCGGUUAAUUUGUAUAACUGGAUGAGAGAAAGAUGCAAGAAUUAAUAAAUCGAUUACACCAAUUUUGUCAUCACAUUGGAACUCUUGCUUAAAGAAUAACAAGAAUAUUAUCUAAGCGACUACAAAUUCAGAGUCCUUGAGAAAUUCGAGUUAUUUGCCCUUAUUAGUCUCGGGUGUCUCGAGAAUCAGAAAGAAUCAAUCAAUAGGUUUUCGGUGAGUUACUCACAAGGAAGUCUGGUUAUUAAAGAACUAUUGAAUAUGUAUUAUUACAAUAAACAAAUCAGGAACAGCCAAAGAAAUGAUCUAGCAGCAAGAAGUGUUGCUAAUUCUAUUUUUGAGUAAAAAUCUACUCUCCCUUUCAACCAAUUUAUUGGUAAAGCAAAAUAACAAUUGAUUUACGCAAAUAAUUUGUGCAAACAAUAUUUUACUAAGAAAUUCAUUAAUCCUCAUUUGAAAUAUGGAAUUCCAAAAUUAACAUCCUCCAGUUUCAUCUUGAAUGACCAAUUUCUUGCCUUAUUACAAAUGAGCUCUCCUGACUUUAAUAGGAUUACUGAAUUGGAUCGUAAAUUCAAAUCCUCAGUUACAAAAGAUGAUUUGGAAUAAAUUACUGAAAUCAUUAUGUAUUCGGAUUAGCCUUUGCUAUUUUUGUUUAGGAAUCGAGAAGAUGAAUCAUAAAAUGACUCAUUUUAAUAAUAAAUAUUUGGAGCAUAUAUUAGCAUUGAUGAAACUAUUGAAACUCAUUUCAUCAGGAAGAGGCUGAAGGAUCCAAUGGGGAUCUUGUACAACCCUAAAGAUUAAAUAUCACUUUAUUUUGGAGAUGAAAAGAGUUUUUUAUUCUCUUUUUUACCUAAAUAUCAGUUAUUUAUGAGUACAUUUGAUAUCAACUCUAAGCAGUGCUUUGCUUAUAUAAACAAUAGAGCGUUCAAUCUUUAAACGUAAUAACCAUAUGGACUUGGGUUCGGUGGGGAUGGAAAAGGUAAUUUUAGAAUUUGGAUUGAUGAAAAAAUUCAAGGAAAUGCAACGAAUAGAAUUAAUAAUUAAUGUGAUUAAACUUAUGAAAUGGGAUAUUUAUUAGAACCACAUGUAGAAUUUCUUAAUUUGUCAUAAAUUGAAAUUUGGGGAGUCAAUCAUGAAAGAAAAUAAUAGAAAAAAUGA